UAUAUAAGCAAGCAAGCAUGCACAAAACGGGAUUCUCCUAAUUAGACGAAGAUGAGUCUGAUGAGUAUUAUUUCAAUUUGGGGGUUGUUUCUCCUCUUUUUGUCCCAUAGUCAGGCGUCUGAUGAUGAACUGAAAGUGGAAGUUUUAUACAAACCGAGGAUCUGCAUGAAAAAAUCACAGACCAACAAUAUGUUGAAAGUUCAAUACAAAGUGUUUUUUGAAAACGGGACUCUAUUUCACUCAAGCUAUGAAAAGGACCAGGUCAUGCACGUUCCCCUGGGUCUUGAACACCCGUCAAGUGAUGUGGAGACCGGUUUCAGGGAGAUGUGUGUUGGGGAAAAGAGGCUCCUGACGGUCCCGCACCACGGCCAGGGGGACAGGGACCUACCCCUACAAAAUGGCGGUGUGAUUCCAGCGAACACCCCCCUCUUGUAUGAGGUGGAAUUGAUAGAGAUUGAGGAUAAAAUAGAUGUUAAACAGGGCUUUGAGUCCAUUGACCUCGACGGGGAUAACCACAUCACGCUAGAAGAAAUUAUGGAACAAAUCAAAACGAUCCAGGCGUCGGGAAUCGGCCUCAAGCAUGAGGUUCUGGAAGAUCUGUACCAAAACCUGUUAACAGCCGCCGAUGUGAACAAGGAUGGAAAGAUAUCAAUAGACGAAUACAGAGACAUCCUCCCCCACGAUUUUAGAGACGAAUUAUAACGUUCUUUUAACCUGUAUAUUACUAGUAUACCAUGCGUCAAUCCUACAUAUGUGUCGUAUAUCUCGUGAAUGAAAUGUAUAAUAUCGAUGUCUUUUGUCAGAUUAUUUUAGGACCAUUGCUUGAAUUUAAAAAAAAAAAUUCGCCAGUUUUCAUUUGAAAAAAAGUUGUAAAUAGUGCUGAUAUUUGUUUGCUUGCUUGUUUGUUUGAUUGUUUGUUUUUGUUGUUGUUCCAUUCUGCAAUAUUAUACUAUUAGAACACUUGUAAAACUAAUCCUUGUAUCCAUUGCUAGAGCUGUCAAUUUCACGGCUAGAUGAUGUAUACUAGCCUCCGGAGUAAGCAUUACGUGUAAAUAUAUCUAUGAUGUAAUCAUCA